AUGUCGGCCCCAGCGAUCCCUUCAACCACCGACACUGGCCUGCCCACUGAACCCAAGCAAGAUGGCACAAAAGACGUCCUCGGAAAGCGUCUCCGUGCCUCCUCACCCCUCGAGCAUCCACAACAGCCCCAUCCGCAGCAACACAAAUCGCAGCGCACAGACGACCCUCCCCCGGCCCUCUCUCGCCUGCCACAUCCGCUUUCCACCUCGUCCCGCUCGCCCUUCACCGCUUUCCCCGCCUUCCAGCAGCCGCAGCGCAUCUGCACCUUCUCAUACGAUCAAGACCGCAACCUCCACCACGACGACCGCUGCAAGCGUUACUACCGCGGCCCACCCCUGCCUGCCGCGUCCAAUGGCAGCAGGCACCCGGCAUCCGGCCCUCGCGGCGCAGACCUCAACUAUGGCUUCGAGCGCUUCAAGCAGAGGGACGAGAGCGUAAACGAGCACCUCGAUGGCCUCCUCGACUCACUUCGUCACCGCACCCUCGCCGCCCCCUCGGGCAAGGCGCGCGACGACGUCGACCUGACCCGCCAAAAGGCCGACGUCGUCACCUGGCGCGGCAUCGCCACCAAGCUCUGCACCGCCUGGGACCAGCUCCAGCCCGCACCGGGUGCGCGCGUAGAGGGCUUCGAGCUCAACGCCAUGCUCGUCGACGGUACCCUGUAUCUCGAAGAGCACUCGUCGCCCGCAAAGAGGCUCGACAAGGCGCAAAAGGAGGCAGACCAGAGGCUCCGCCGCUUCGGAUACUACGGCUACAGCUUCGAGAGCUGGUCGACGGUCGAGCACCCGCACAACUGCCACCGGCCCGCGCUCCUCGAGCAUCCGACGAGGCAAACGGCAUCCGAUCCCCGUUCGGACUCUGCGCCACACCCGCCAGGAUGGGGCGGCGACGUCAAUACCAACCAGCAGUGGUGCUACAUCGUAAAGACCCGCUUGGGCCAGAAUCGGCUCAUCCUCGGGGGCGAAGUCGACUGCGUUCAUCCACCGCCACCGUCGGCGUCGUCGUCGCCGUCAUCGUCGUUGUCCAGCGGCACCGCGAGCGACUCGCUCGUCGAGCUCAAGACCUCGAUGCAGAUCCGACCGGGCAACCAGAGGGACGUCGACCUGUUCGAGGCCAAGCUGCUCAAGUUCUACAUGCAGUCGUUCCUGCUGGGCGUGCGCACCCUCGUCGUGGGCUUCCGCGACACUAGGGGCCACCUCGUCACCACGCAGACCUUUGACACGCUCUCGCUCCCCAAAAUGGUCCGGGCCGGUACGCCCCUCGACGGCGGCGGCGGCGGCGGUGGCGACGGCAGGGUGAGGCACAAGAGCGUAUGGGAUCCCAAGGAUUCAGUGGCGUUUGGAGAGCGCAUCAUCGACUGGAUCAGGGACGUGGUGGGCGCCGAGACCAGGCGGAUAUGCGGGGGCGCAGGCGAGGGCGAGGGCGAGGGCGAGCUCGGCAAUGGCGUAUCGAGGACCACCGAGGACGCCGUCAAGUCGUACCCCGUCUUCAGGAUCUGCUACCAGGCGCCGUUCCACGAGCUCACCGUCAGGGCGCUGCAGGACCACGAGGUCGAGAGCGAGAUCAAAGAGGUGGGCCAGGCCGAUCAGCGCGUGGGUUUCCUCCCGCGCAGCUACUACGACUUUGUCGUCGAGAUGGCACAACGGCGAGCAUGA